AUCCGGCUGCGCUAUUUCCAAGCAGCUGCUACAGUCAGAAAUGUUUUUCUAAGAGGGACUGUCUAUUUCGUUUGCGAAGCAGCUCUAGGACAACCGCGUAGGACAAUUGAAGUUGUGCUCCACGAUCAAGACUGUUUAUAGAGCUGCUAUGCUGGGGACGUACACGAAAAGAUCUACCAACGAUGUGUACGACACAUCAGAAGGAGCGCUCCCCUUUCGUCUGCAGCGUAUCGCAGAAGAAGAUCUCGGCGAAACGCCUACGAGGAGGAAAGAAUCGUUGGAGAUGCUAGCCAAGCUUAUAUCAGAGGAGCCAGAGCUAGACGCGAGAAGGGAUGCCGAGUUUCUCCUCCGUUUCCUGCGCGUGCGCAAGUACAACGUGGAGGCGGCCAUGCAGACCAUCAGAAACUACUACUACAACCGGUGCGCCUGCGAUUCCGUCUACCGCGAGUAUUUGCCCUCGGCGGUGCCCCCCUUUGCUCGGAAACUCGCCAUGGUUCUGCCAGGCAAAGAUCGACAUGGACGUCCAGUCUUUCUCUGCAAUAUAGUUGUAGGCGCAUGGAAUCCGAAGGAGGUAACGCAGGCCGUCUUUCAACGCGCCUGUCUCAUGUGCCUGGAUUUCAUGACGUCGGAUCCGUCGGCACAGACUGUCGGUAUGGUCCUGAUCAUGGACUGCCAGCUUUUUGCCGUAGAAAACGCUCUGUCGUUUAAGCCUGGUCUCAUCAAGAGGGGGAUUGAAUACCUGCAGGAUUGCAUGCCGUCCAGGUUGAAAGCUUUCCACGUCGUUCGACAGGCGAAUGCUUUCGACAUAUUUUACGCUAUCAUGAAGCCUUUCAUGAAGAGCAAACUGACCAGAAGGUUUAAAUUUCACGGGGAAAACUUCGAGAGUCUCCACGAGGAAAUUUCACCGGAACAACUUCCGGCACAGUUUGGCGGCCAGGCGCCGCCACUCGACUACGAUACGUUCUGGAGUAAAAUGGACGAGUUGGAAGAUGCAUUUGAAGCAGAUAACCGCUACGGCUACUCCAAGAAGAACAUCGGCGACUUUGCUACGCAGGAGGAAGUUGAAGAAGCUUUGGAAUUUCUCUGAUUUAGAAUGCAAUUGGAGCAAAUAUAUUGAAUUGGUUAAAAGGUAAAAAAGGUUUUGGAAUCAUCCGCAGUCGCAAUAUAAAACAAGCGAAAUUCGUUCCACGGGGGUUAGACACUGGGAUACAUUGAAGUUUCUCUGAUGUAGACGGCAAUCUGAUUAAAUAUUGUAACCGACAGUUACGACAACAGUUUCUAAUAAAACUGUUUUA